AUGAAAGUUAUUAAUCCAAAUGUUUCCUCUGGAAAUGAAAUCGAUUUCCAAGAAAAUAAAAGAGAAAUGUAUGAAGAUGCCAAAAAAAAGCAGCUUGAUUAUGCUAUAAAACAAGGAAUUAUUGGGUCUGUUAGAAUGGUUUGGGGAUUAUGUUAUGCAUAUUUCACUUCAAAUGGUUCAAAUCAAUUAUUUGGUAAAUUUUCAAAGCAGAAUUAUAAAAGAAAUGCUUUAUCUAAGAUUGAACUGCCUAAAUAUAGAUUAAUAAUUAUUCUUUUAUUAAUUCUUAGUUCCUCACUAGUUUCGUACUACUUCUCAAUACUAAUUGGUAAUUUCUGGAGUGCACUAGAAGCAAAAGAUCAAGAUAAAUUUCAAAAAAUCUUAUUUUACUACCUUCUAAUGCUUAUUAUAAAUGGAGCAAUUAAUUGUGCUAGAACUGACUUGUCAAUUCAAAUUCAAAUUGAUUUAAGAAUUUGGCUUACUAAUUUAAUUAUGAAACAAUAUUAUUCAGAUUUAACCUAUUAUCAGUUUUCAAUAAAUAAGAUUAUAGAUAAUCCUGAUCAAAGAAUUGGAGAAGACGUUUCUUUGUUCUCAUCCCAUUUGUUAUUGUUGAUAUGCCGUUGUAUUGACAAUUUUUUUGACUUUUUUGUCUAUUCAAUCUUGCUUUAUAAUAUUAACUUCAAAUUAUUUAUUUCAGCAAUUAUUUAUUCAUGUUUUGGUACAUUUUUAACUGCAAAAUUAGGCAUAGACAUAAUAUUAUUAAAGGUUCAAGAGAAAAAACUUGAAAGUGACUUCAGAUAUUCAAUUAUGAGAGUUAACGAAAAUGCGGAAAAUGUUGCUAUGUAUAGAGGAGCUCAAUGCGAAAUGGAAAAUCACAAUCAAAUCUUAAAUUUAUUAAUUGAAAACUUAAAUAUGAAGAGAUCUUUGGAAUCUAAAAUGGGGCUUUUUGGAAGUAUUUUUAGAAAUCUCAUACGCAUUUUGCCGAUUGCAGUUAUUUCAGGAGACUAUUUUUCGGGAAAUAUACAACUUGGGAGAAUUAAUCAAUGUAGCCUUGCAUUUAAUAGCAUAGUUGAGGAUAUUUCAAUUUUGGUUAAUACUUUUAGAGAAAUAAGCAAUUUGCUUUCGUCAAUAGACAGGAUAGGACAUUUUAUUGUAUUAAUGGCUGAUAACUUUAUUGAGUCGCAAUCUACAAACAUUGGCGAGAAAUUGAUUAGUAAUUUUGAAUGUAAAUAUAAAACAGGUACAAUGAUUGAUUUUUUAAAGCUUGAAAGCGAAUAUUUGAGACAAGUAAAGGAAAAAUCUUCUGAUUUUAAGCUAAAUUUUCCGAGUGGUGUCGUUUUGAAUUCAUUAAAAAAUCGUGUUAACUUAGAAUUUACGAAUGCACAAGGGAAAUCCAAUGUUAAUCUAAGUGGUAAAAUUAGAUCAGUAAUUUGGCCAGAGCCAAAAAUCAUGUUUGAAAGUAUAUCGAUUUAUACCCCAGGCUAUACUAGAAAACUUCUUUUUGAUGUAAACUUUACAAUUGAACAAAAUGAUAAAGUCCUAAUAACAGGGGAUUCUGGUGUUGGUAAAUCAUCAUUGUUAAAGGUAAUUAGUGGAAUUUGGAAGAAUGGCUCAGGAAAUAUUUACAGGCCACCUUUGUGCGAAUUAUUAUUUAUACCACAAAAGCCGUAUUGUACUCAAACGACUUUAAGGGAACAGUUAUUUUAUCCAAAAAAGCCCUCGAUGAAAAUUAAUGGUCGUAAGUAUAAAAAUAAAAAAGAAUUAGACCUAUAUCUAUUGAAAGUGCUUGAGGAUGUUGGGUUGAAAUAUCUAUCUGAUAGACCUUUAGAAAAUGAAACAGGUUUUUUAGACUCUAUUAAAGAUUGGUCCACAAUACUUUCACUCGGUGAACAGCAAAGGCUUGCAUUCGCAAGAAUAUUAAUUUUUAAUCCAUCUAUAUGUUUUCUUGAUGAAGCUACAAGUGCACUAGAUAUGGAAACUGAGAUGAAACUAUAUUCAAUGCUUAAUGAAACAAAAAUUUCAUAUAUUAGUGUGGGCGAUCGUCUUGUAACAGCAGAUAUUAAACAAAACUUCCACAUUUUUGAUCUUCUUCCGAAUUACUCCAAUUCUGAUCAUGUUUCUAAAUUAAUAUGGGUUGAGACAUCAACUCUUUAUGACAGUAGUAUUUCUGGCACAAUUUCAAGAAUUUCUUGGGCACCAGAGUGUUUUGGUCAAUUGUUUGUAGCUGGAACUACAAAAAAAAAUAUUUCAAUUUGGUCAGAAACAAGAAAAGGUUAUCAAGAUACAUAUCACAUGAUAAGAAAUAACAGCAUUUUUGUUGAACAUGAGUUUGAUUUUAAGAAUGAAGUUUUCCCUAAUAUUACUUAUGGUAGCUCCUGGAAGCUAACUGCUGCUUUUUCCCCCUUUAAAAGCAAGAUUAGUAAUAUUAAGUUUGCAAAUAAGGAACAUGGAUUAAUUUUUGCCGCAUGUGAUUCUAAUGGAAUAGUUGGGAUUUUCAAAUGCAAUGAUAUGGCAAUGAAAGUUGAAUGGGAGUUGGAGACAUUGAAAGUUAGAAAAACUGAUAAUUUUUUAGAUUCGGAAAUUGCGAAUAUGGAGAAGGAUUAUACAUGUUGUUUGGAUUGGAUACCAUAUAAUGUGAACACUGGCAUCGGAAUUACGGUUGCAAUUAGUAAUUACAUAUACAUAUUUAAGAAAAAAUCUAAAUUCUGGAAUUGUAUUGAAACUAUUGCUGUAAACAACGCAGAAAUAAUUAAAGAUAUUUCUUGGUCAAGACUUACAUUGUUUACAGAUUACUACAAGCUUGCAACUUUGCAUGAGGAUAAUACUCUAAUAAUUUGGAAAUCGACAGAAUCUUUCAUUCUAAACGACUUUGGGAAAAAUAAGACGAUUUUGCAACUCAACAAGUUUGAAGGUAUUGGAUCUACAGUAAGUUUUACAUUAUUUACCAAGAAUAAUGAUCAUUUGUAG